CCCUCAGACCUCCCCUCAGACUUUGGCCUCCUCUCGCUCAGUCAGUCUGACCUCCUCUAUCAUCCCUCCUCUCCUUACUCCUCGUGUGAUCCUCCUCUCCUCCCCCCCUCCUCCCUCUGUGACCCCCUCAGACCCUCCUCCCCCUCUUCUUACUCUCCUAGCUCUCCCUUCUCGUCCUCCAUUCCUCCUACCCCCUUCUCCACUCUCUCCCCAUACACCUCCUCUUCCUUACCUCCUUCCAGGACCUUCACCACCUCACCGCAGCUCCUACCCCCACCUCCCCACUUCUCCACCACCCACAGGAGUCCAGUGUGGAAGGAGAGAGGAGCCGAGGAAGAGGGGGACAUGAGGAAGAGGAGACAGCAGGAGGUGGAGGAGGAAAGGCAGCAGGGGGAGGGCGAGAGUGCCUCCGAAACCUCAGAGAGCAUGGGAGGAGGCGGGGGGCGGGGUUUCCUGCUCAGCCCCGCCCACCUCCUAAUGAGGGAAGAGGAGGACAGCGAGGAGGAGGAGGAGGAGGAGCUGACCUCCUUUAGACCUGCAGUUCUGCGCCGCUCGCUCUCUGAGGGUUCUCUGCUGCAGGAACCUCGGUCUCCUCGCUUCCUGUCUGACAGCACCAUCCAUCGACUUGCCGGACAUGCCACCUUCGACGUGGACACUGGCCCCGCCCCCGGGCCCCCCUCCAUCAGCGCCUUGAGGAACCAGCUGACCAAAGAGGGCGGUUCUCUGCACCACAUGCUGCUGCUACUCAACGGCUCCAAGGAUUCAGAGUUCAGAAACCUUCAACUGAAGAAGAAAACCAAGAACCUAGCCACUGAUGUUCGGAGUCGCUUGCUGUUUCUACGGCGACGCAGAACCAGUGCCUGUAAACAUGGCAACAGUUUGGAGAAAGCCCUGAGGAACCACAGACCGUCCAUGAAGGAGGUGCUGCGGUGGGCGGAGAGUCUGGAGGCUCUGCUGACCAAUCAAUAUGGUCUGGCAGUGUUCCGUCACUUCCUGAGGUCAGAGUUCAGCGAGGAGAACCUCGACUUCUGGUUGGCUGUCGAGAGAUUCAAGAGGACACGCCCCCUCAGCAAGAUGGCCGCCAGAGCCGCCAAAAUCUACGAUGAGUUCAUCUCAACGGACGCAGAGAGACAGGUCAACGUGGACUCAUCUGUCAGAGAAUCGACCAAUCAGAGCCUGCGUCUGGGUGUUGGCCCCGCCUCCUUUCAGCUGGCUCAGGAUCAGAUUUUCGGCUUGAUGGAGGCAGACUGUUACCCACGAUUCCUCAGGUCCCGCCUCUACGCCCAGCUGGCCAAUCAGGGUGGUCAGACGGCCACAGAGUCAUCCAAUCAGAGCGGAGCUGGGUCUGCAGCUGUCGGCCAAUCAUGAGUGAGGAGACGGAGGCUGACCGUCUUCUGAUUGUGAACACCAGCUCCAGUCAGAGAAGAAACCUGUUGCAUCAUGGGAAAUGUAGUUUACAGUGUUUUGGACUUCACAUCAACAACAAAAAGUCAAAAAUGACAACAGAAACAACUAAAUAACAACAAUAAAUCAGAACAAAAACAAUGACAAAGACAAGAACAGCAUCCACAACCACAAAUAUGACCACAAAUACAACAACAAAUACGACCACAAA